UCCGGCAGCAGCGCUCGUUCAGACUCAAACGAGCAUCUCGCUCUUCUGCGCCGCGUCUCGAAACACCAAGUCUAUAAAGGCCACCGCCGCACACAAAGGAACAGUUCGCCUUCGAUCUCCGCCCAUGACGUUUAUUUAGAACACGCAAGCGAAAAACAUUAACGUGGAAAACUUCUUGCGAUGAUUGCAAAAGUGAAAAGUUUCAUGAAUACCAUUUGAAUAACCCUCCUUUUAUGCGCGCAUGCGUGAUAACCUCACUGUGAUUGGCCGUGCAUAGGAACGUAUCGAAAAAGCAUGAGUGAAAUGAAUGUAAAGUGUGUCAGUCGCUCGGCGUGCAACAGCAAAGGGAGCAUGAUUGUGGUUUCGAACCGGCUACCUUUUAUUCUCAAGAGAAAUGAAAAAACCGGGGAGUUAGAGAGAAAAGCCAGCGCGGGAGGCCUGGUUACCGCAGUUGCUCCGGUGGUCAUCAGAGGUAAUGGGAUCUGGGUUGGAUGGCCUGGGAUACACCUCGAUGAUCCCAACGAGAAAAUCCCGGAGUCCAACCCUAAUGACAAGACGCCGACCGCGGGACUUCUCUCCAAAAAGAUCGUGCCGAUUCACGCGGAACCCAAUCUCUUCGACAGUUACUACAAUGGUUGCUGCAACGGAACAUUCUGGCCUCUGUUCCACUCCAUGCCCGACCGAGCCACCUUCAUCGCGGACCAUUGGAAGGCGUACAUCAAGAUCAAUGAAGAGUUCGCAGAAAAAACGGUCCAUGCUCUGCGUCUCCUCAAGGAACAUAAAGAGAAAAAUGGGUCAGCGUCGCCGAUCGUGUGGGUCCACGACUAUCAUCUCAUGUUGGCGGCUAAUUGGAUCAGACAGCGGGUGGAAGAGGACGACAUAAAAUGCAAACUCGCAUUUUUCCUACAUAUACCGUUCCCGCCCUGGGAUAUCUUUAGACUGUUUCCAUGGUCGGAUGAAGUUUUACAAGGAAUACUUGGUUGCGACAUGGUCGGAUUCCACAUAACAGAUUACUGUUUAAAUUUCAUUGACUGUUGCCAAAGAAAGUUGGGAUGUCGUGUGGACAGAAAAAAUCUUCUAGUCGAAUUGGGCGGGCGCACAAUUUGCGUUCGCCCCCUGCCCAUAGGUGUCCCGUUCGACAGAUUCGUGCAGUUGGCACAAAAUGCGAAACCAGUGCUCUCUACCAACCAAAAAGUCAUACUUGGAGUCGAUAGACUAGAUUAUACCAAAGGAUUAGUACAUAGACUGAAAGCUUUUGAGAGAUUACUAGAAAAACAUCCUGAACAUAUAGAGAAAGUGAUGUUGCUGCAGAUUUCUGUACCUUCGAGGACAGAUGUGAAGGAAUACCAGGAUUUGAAAGAGGAAAUGGAUCAACUAGUUGGAAGAAUAAAUGGGAGAUUUACUACACCGAACUGGUCGCCUAUAAGAUAUAUCUACGGAUGCGUCGGCCAGGACGAGCUGGCGGCUUUCUACCGUGAUGCGGCCGUAGCGCUGGUCACCCCUCUACGCGACGGCAUGAACCUGGUGGCCAAGGAGUUUGUGGCGUGCCAGAUCAACAAGCCGCCGGGUGUCCUUAUCGUGUCACCGUUCGCCGGCGCCGGAGAAAUGAUGCACGAAGCGCUAAUUUGCAAUCCUUAUGAGCUGGACGACGCUGCAGAGGUUAUUCACAGAGCACUAAUGAUGCCCGAAGACGAGCGGACGGUCCGCAUGAACUACCUGAGGCGGCGGGAGCAGCUCAACGAUGUGGACAGUUGGAUGAAAUCCUUCCUCAAGGCCAUGGACUCCUUGGAAGAGGAGGCAGAUGACAUCGGAGCCACCUCCAUGCAGCCCGUUACCAUGGACGAUUUCGACGAAUACCUCUCUAAAUACAUCGGAUACACGCAGAAGUUGGCGCUCAUGCUGGACUACGAUGGUACCCUGGCACCCAUCGCACCGCAUCCCGACCUGGCGACCCUCCCCUUGGAGACCAAACACACGCUGCAAAGGCUAUCCAACAUGUCUGAUGUGUACAUUGCGAUUAUAUCGGGAAGAAACGUCGAUAACGUCAAAAACAUGGUGGGCAUCGAGGGCAUCACCUACGCCGGUAACCACGGCCUGGAGAUCCUUCACCCCGACGGCAGCAAGUUCGUUCACCCCAUGCCGAUGGAACUGCAGGACAAAGUCGUAGAACUGCUCAAGGCCUUACAAGAACAGGUGUGCAAAGACGGCGCAUGGGUGGAGAACAAGGGCGCUUUACUUACGUUCCACUACCGGGAGACGCCGCCGGCCAAGCGGCCCGCGCUGGAGGCACAGGCUCGCAAGCUGAUCGCCGCCGCUGGGUUCACGCCCGCGCCUGCGCAUUGCGCUAUAGAGGCACGCCCGCCGGUACAGUGGGAUAAAGGUCGCGCAUCGAUUUAUAUCCUGAGGACGGCUUUUGGACUGGACUGGUGCGAAAGAAUAAGAGUAAUUUAUGCUGGUGACGAUAAUACUGAUGAGGACGCUAUGUUGGCUUUGAAAGGUAUGGCAGCCACAUUCCGUAUCGCGUCGUCCCAAAUCACCAAGACAUCAGCCGAGCGGCGGCUGUCGUCACCGGACUCUGUGUUGGCGAUGCUCAAAUGGGUGGAGAGGCAUUUCUCUAGACGCAAGCCUCGCGCCAACUCGCUCACCUACAAGAGCGCGAGGAAAGCACGGGACACACUACACAUGCAGAUGUCCUACCAACUCCCUCCUAGAACAUCCCCGAUACAAACGCCACCGCGGAGCCCUGACAAAUCCUCCAGUGGCUCAGAAUCCAGUUAAAACUGGACUUUGGUUUAAUGAUUCUGUUGAUCAUAGCUUAAGUUAAUUAGAAUUUCAUUUUGAAAUCCAACUUAAAGGUAUAUGCUCUUUAUGUGCGAAAAAACAAGCUUUUGCGUAUUUAGUAACUGAAAAAGUUCAGGUGUUAAAAAGAAAAGAGCACCGAGUAGUGUACCUUUAUGACGCACAACCAAACACUGUGCACACCACCUUAAUAUAAUUAAUUACAUUUGACUACCCUAUGAUACUAUGAAUAAUAUUUUGUUAAGUUUUAUAAAUGACUUCGAGACCUUUUUGUGCAGUCAUACAACCAAUUUAAUUUUAAAAAAGCAUUUGGGCAAAUUAUACCCACAUACCUAUUUAUUGUAAUAAAUGUGAUAGAAUAGUGAUGUACAAUUAAUGUUUAAGUUAUGGCUAUAUCACGAUGUCUAUGUUAUUUGUGUAUAAAAGUUUCAUAUACGAUAAUAUAUUCUUAAAGAAUUGACCAAAAUUUUAGGAGCAUUUAAUUUUUUUGCAAUGCUUAACGUCUCCUGCUUACAAAGUAUAUUGGAGAAAAAUUCACAUUAUAAUUUAACUAAAUUAUUGAUUUUAUUUUACUUUGGGAAAUUCAUUUAUUGAUAUAUUGAAAUCAAAUUCUUUAUAGCUAUAACUAUUUAAUAUUUAACUGUUUUGUUUAUAGACUAUUUCUUACAUGAAAUAAAAAAUAAUUAUGCUUACACGUAACUCAAGUAAAGUGUAGAUUCACGGUGUAGAAUAUAAAGACAAAAUACUCUACAAUCGAUGAAGAAACUAGUCUAGAUGGUGACUAUUCUAUUGUCCGACGUGCACUGAAAAACCCUAUCUCGAAUUAUAUCAAUGGCGUAUUUUUAGAUCCAUAUUGAAUGUUUUACCUGAAUUUUAUGUAAAAGAAAUAAAAUACUAUAUAACA